AGGGCAGGCCGGCCCUCGGUGAUGGAAUACCGCCCCCGGCCGGACUUCCAGCCACACCUGAGGUCGCUGCCCUACCGAGCGGGGAGCCAGCAAAUGGGGAUCCUCACCGUGGGUGGGCCCCAGGCCCUGGGGGACAGGCCUUGCCGAGCGAGGCACCACGUGGCCGUCUGCAAGCAGGAGAGUUUGUCCUUCGUGGAGCUCCCCAACCUCCAGCCUCCUGGUCAGGGGGACUUUAGUCUCGUCCCGUGCUCCUCGGAGGGCCGGGGGCUCCUCAGCUCCCACAGCAGCCCCAUGGACGGGUGGGGAAGCCUGCAGCUGAGCCCCGAAGGCUGGCCCCCCCGCCAUCACAGCUACCCAGACUUCCACCCCAGCCUGGGCUGGAUCCCGGACUCCGGGGUCCCCUUUGGAGGCGAUGCUGCAGGCGGGGGCUCCGGGACUCGCCCAGGGGCGGCGGGGAUCGCUGCCCCCCAGGGACAGCAGGUGGUGGGGAAGGCGGACAGCUGGCUUCACGGCACCACCUUCGAGCCGCCCUCGUCUCACAGCAACUCCUCUUUCCACGACGUCGUCGGGGGGCCCGCAAGCCCCCCGCUGCUGCCCGAGUCCCAGGGGCAAGGAUCCCAUGGGGUGGAGAAGGAGAAGCUGGCCUGGAGGAAGAUCAGGGUCUACUCCCCCGAGACUCUCAGCGACACGACCCCCAGCCUGGAUGGAGACGCCAUUUUCCCAGGGUCCCCAGUCCACGAGGAUGGCAGGUGUGCGGGGGAGCUCGCGCUGCAGGGGAUGGAGCCGCUGGACCUGAGGCCAGCUCCUGAGGGGCCUCCCCACGCGGUGCCCGAGACCCUGGACCUGGCGCUGCCCCCAUGCUCGGCUGGCCGGAGUGCCAAGGGCUUGGCAGAGCAGGAGAGGCGGCGCUUCUCGGCCUCAGAGCUCAUGAACAAGCUGCAGCUGUCUCAGCGCAGGGCGACCUUCUCCCUCAAGCUGGGCAAGUCUUUCUCCGCCAGGAGCGCUUCCAAGGAGAAAGGGGCUUGGGCGAGCCAGGAAGGUAAACCGAAUGGAAGGGAGCGGAGCCGCAGCAGCACAGGCAGCGAUGGCCUCCCGUCCCCAGAGUCGCCCAGCGAGCCAGGGAACGUCUGUCCCAGGAGCGAGGCGGAGCCGGGUGGGUGCCCGAGCGCUUUGGUCCAGCAUGAGAGGCGGCAGUCGAGGUUCCUGCUGAACUCCGUCCUGUACCAGGAAUACAGCGACGCCGCCAUCGCCCGGGAGAUCCAGCGGCAGCAGCUGGAGGACGGUCUGGCGGAGGAGGAGGAGGCCGCCCUGGCGCCGCCCAAGACCAACCUGUCGCCCAGCAGCUCGUUCCGCUCGCAGCGCUCGUCCCGCGGCUCCACCUUCUCGCUGUGGCAGGACAUCCCGGACGUGCGGGGCAGCGGGCUGCUCGGCACCAUCAGCCUCCAGGAGUGCAAGCUGCAGGAGGCCAAGUUUGAGCUGAUCACCUCGGAGGCCUCCUACAUCCACAGCCUCUCCAUCGCGGUGGAGCACUUCAUGAACUCGCGGGAGCUGAACGAGUGCCUGGGAGCCCAGGAGAAGCAGUGGCUCUUCUCCAAGCUGCCCGAAGUGAAGGACGUCAGCGAAAGGUUCCUGCUGGAGCUGGAGGAGCGGCUGGAGGAGAACAUCCUGCGCUUCGACAUCUGCGACAUCGUGCUGCGCCACUGCCCGGCCUUCCGCCGGGUCUACCUGCCCUACGUCACCAACCAGGCCUACCAGGAGCAGACCUACCAGCGCCUGCUGCAGGACAAUCCUAAAUUCCCAGGGAUCCUGGCAAAGCUGGAAGAGGGGCCAAUGUGUCAGCGCUUACCUCUCACCUCCUUCCUCAUCCUGCCCUUCCAGAGGGUCAUGCGCUUGCAGAUGCUGGUGGAGAACAUCCUGAAACGCACGUUGCAGGGCUCCCGGGACGAGGCCACAGCCACCAAGGCCUUCAACCAGCUCAAGAAGCUCGUGAAGGAAUGCAACGCCAGCGUCCAGUCCAUGAAGAGAACCGAGGAGCUCAUUCAUCUGAACAAGAAAAUCCACUUUGAAAGUAAGAUCUUCCCGCUGAUCUCGCAGUCGCGCUGGCUCGUGAAGCACGGGGAGCUGGUGGAAGUGGACAUGCAGCUCAUCAGCACCCUCGCCGCCAAGUUCAAGCUCUCCACCAAGAUGGUGUAUCUCCACCUCUUCAAUGACUGCCUCUUGCUCUCCCGGAGGAAGGAGACGGGGAAAUUCGCCGUCUUUGUUCACGCCAAGAUGCCGGAGCUGAAAGUGACCGACCUGAGCAGGAAGCUUCACGGGGUCCCGGGACAAAUCUUCCACCUCCAGCUCUUCGACAGCCUGCGGCUGAAGCACCAGGUCUUGCUGCGGGCACAGACCGAGAGUGAGAAGCAGCGGUGGAUCUCGGCAAUGGUCCCCUCCAGCCCCCAGACGGACAGGGAGCAUGUCACCGAGAAUGCAGAUACCGCCCAGGUCCAGUGCAUCAAGGCCUACAAGGCCCAGGAGCACGACGAGCUGAGCUUGGAGAAGGCGGACAUCCUGGGGGUCAAGACGAGGACCAGCGACGGCUGGCUCGAGGGGAUCCGCCUGUCGGACGGGGAGAGGGGCUGGGUCCCUCAGGGGCACGUGGAGGAGAUCACCAGCCGGGGUGCCCGGCUGCGCAACCUGCGUGAGAACGACCGGCUCAAGCAUGCCACGCGCAAGCUGGAGGAGGAGCAGGCAUGA